AUGCCUUCGGCAUCGCAACUGGGAAUGGGCAGCCGGUCGAGAUCCUCUCCGUCGCUCUCCAACAACUCCACGUCUAGCUCCUCCACUGCUGCCGCCGCCGUCGCUGCCACAUCCCCGUCUCCCGUCGACCACGUCGAGCCCCCAACGUCUACGGAGCAGGCCUCCUCCCCGGCUCCAUCCACGACCUCCUCGCGCCCAGGCUUCUUGUCGCGUCUCAGCCUACCCCUCUCGCUCCGUAGCCGCAACCGAAAUGUUACCGACUUUCACAUUCGGCCGGAGGAGCCGCACCGGAGAUACGGCGCCGGCGACCACGUCCGCGGCUCUGUUGUCCUAGCCGUAGUAAAGCCCGUCCGCAUUACUCACCUCGUUGUGUCGCUGCACGGCUACGUGCGCGUCCUCAAGGACCCAACUUCGAUUGCCAAGACCCAAGGCGCGACGGUGCUACCUCUGGGCGGUGGUUCUAUGCAGCCGCGCUAUCACAGCAAUGGCCUUGCUAGUCUCUUCCAGGACGAACAGGUGUUGAGCGGCGAGGGGAGGUUAGAGCCAGGAAAGUACGAAUUCGGCUUCGACUUGGUGUUUCCAGACAAGGGGUUGCCGAGCAGCAUCGAUUUCGAACGAGGGACGGUUUCAUACAACAUUACUGCGACUCUAACAAGACCGACCUCAAUCAACCCGACCACUUCGUGCGAUCGGAAAGUAAUGUUGGUGGAGAACAUCGACAUAGGAUUGCUACCAACGCCCCCGCCGAGGACCAUCUUUUUAGAACCCAUAUCCAAGCGCACACGGAGGAAGAAGUCAAUCGUUCUAGACAAGGCUUCCAUGCCCCCGACAGAGGUGACCGAGGUUCCCCCCGAUCCGGAUGAUCCAACCGCCCCCGGUGCCUCCGACGACUCUCGCGACCCCACAGCCGACGCACGAAGCCCAAUACAGAGCGACGUACGAAGCGAAGUCAGCGGAGAUAGUGCCAGCACCGGCGUGAGCCGGAACGAUCUUUCCCUGUCGCAGAUCGGGACAUUGACAGCAUCUGCUAAGCAGCAGGCGGUGGACAAGAAGACCAUUACAGCGACUGUUGAGCUCCUAAGAGGAGGUUGUUUACCGGGCGAUGCCGUCACGGUGCGAAUUUCAGUCCAGCACAUCAAGCACGUCAAGAGCAUGUCGGGUAUUAUUGUGACAUUGUACCGACAGGGGAAGAUUGACAGCUCCCCGCCAGCGUCAUGGUUCAGCGACGACAUGAGUAAGGAGGACCUUAAGCGGGCCGAGAGGGAGGACAUAUAUCCACGAUCGCGGACUGGCCUUGGGGGCCUCUCCCUAUCAUCAUCGGGCUCCACGAGCAUGUUUCGCAAGGAUCUCGACCAGAAUACAGCGCCUCUAAUCAUGGAUCCGACUACCUUGCAGACCUCGGUAACGGUCUCAGUCAAGCUACCUGAUGACUCGUUCCCAACGAUCAAGAGCGUUCCGGGGGAGAUGAUCAGCUUCAAAUACCUGGUCGAGGUUGUCGUCGAUCUCGGCGGAAGAUUAGCGAAUCAACUGCAAGGCGGCCCCUCGUCCCGGUUUGGAACAUUCGGCCAUGGGAAUUCAGAACCUAGCCCAUUUGUGUAUGGUCCGAGGAGGGGAAUUAACAUCGCUGAUACAUCACAACUACGACGCGAGAAGGGUGUCAUAUCGGUGUCGAUGGAGACGUUGGUAGGCACAACGGACUCGUCGAGGGGUCGCAAGAGGUCAAGAGCAUCGCCAUCGUCACGAAGGAUGGCUAUGCCAGAGAGUGAUGACGAGGACCCCGGCCGCACAGAGAUAGGAUAUGUGGAAGAUAUGCCCUACGAAUAUCAGGCCAACGGUCAGCUCUCGCCUGUUGGCUAUUUCCCGGCUCAAAUGAACGGGAACCGUCAUCCGCAACCUCACAUACUCCCUCCACAGCCAUACUCACCCCUAUUACCGUCACACCCGUCACAACAUUUACCACUAGGCCAGGGAGACUUCCAGACAGCCAAUGGGUUCCCUCCACCCGCAAUUCCUGCCUACGUUCCUCCACCUCAGAUUCCAGAGCAGGAUGAGCUCUCUGAGAAGGACCGGAUUCGCCAGGCCGAGACCAGACUCUUACCAAGUGCACCUCCGGCAGCCGGGCCAUCUAACAGCAAUGACGAUGACAAUAUCUACGAUGCAGAAGACACUUCCCGAGCUCCGCCCCUCGAAGCCAUAUUCCGGCCUAAUGAUGCCGAUGAUGCCCCGUCGGCACCUUCGCAAGACGAAAUCGCAAAUGCAACAGCUCCCCCAGCCAACCGGUUGGAGGAUAAGCAAGAGCAGGAGCGCCAUCGACUGAUGAACGAGGCCAGCGCGCCGCCCGAGUUCCCAGAUGAUGUCGACCAGAGGAAUAGUGGUCCUUCGUCGAGAGAGAUGGCCCCCGAGAUGGCUCCCGAUGCGGAGCCAAGUGCACCAAGUGCACCAUUGCUCGACGAGUUGGAUGAUUUUCCGGGAAUUGGCCCCGUGGCGGGCCCAUCCGGAAGCGGCAGCCGUGGUAAUGGAGAGCAAUUGCCGGCCUAUCAACGAUGA